AUGGCAACUUCUACCUCCGACGAACCAACAGUCCAGGCAUCGUCAGAGGUCGAUGAGCCGCUCCUGGACGUAAACCUCCUCAAGGAAAUCGGACAGAAAGCUCUGGUGGAUGCACUCAAUUCUGUGAACGGAGCCAAAACUCUCGUCCUGGAUGCAUCGCUUGCUGGGCCAUUGGGUCUGGUGAUUGAGGUGGCACUUCUCAAGCAUCAUGGCGUCGACAAGAUGUUUUGGCUCGAGGCGGGGCCAUUGUCGUCAACCACCACCAACAUCGUAUAUCUAUGCCGGCCGAGGAUCAAGUAUGUGAAGAUAAUAGCUGAGCAAAUCAAAACACACGCGCGUGAAGGCCAAAAACACACAUAUACCCUGCUCCUUGUCCCUCGGGAAUCUACGCUCGUCUCUCGAAUAUUGGAGGAGGAGGGUGUUCUGGGCGAUGUGCAUAUUGUGCCAUAUGGACUGCAGUUCAUUCCAAUUGCUCCAGAUGUCGUGUCGCUGGAGCAUGACACGGCGUUCAAGGAGAUUUGGGUGGACGGAGAUGAGACUGUCGUAUAUGAUUCUGCCCAGGCUCUGUUAACGUUGGAAAAGUUAUACGGGCUAUUCCCAAGGAUCGUUGGCAAAGGGGACCAAGCAGCACGUCUGGCAACACUUCUAACACGACCUUUGACCACCACAGACUCUUCUACACCCGACACCCUCCAAUCCGAAUCAGACAAGAUCGAUUCUCUAAUCAUAAUCGACCGCAGAGUCGACAUGGUGACACCAUUGCUCACUCAAUUGACCUACGAAGGUCUCGUCGACGAACUCAUUGGAAUAAAGAACUCCCACGUCGAGCUGCCUAUAUCCCUUUUAACGCCACCGCAACCGGGAGCAGCUCCGACCACAACCACCGGGACAUCGCUCAAGAAAGUGGAGGCCAAGAAGAAACACCAUCUGACGACUGCUACCGACCCGCUCUUGUCUGAGCUACGCGACCUCAACUUUUCUUCGGUCGGGAAACGUUUGAACAAGGUUGCAAGGCGAUUGGAAGAAGACUACAAAGGGCGGCAUCAGGCUAAGACAGUUGCUCAACUCAAAGAUUUCGUUGGGAAACUCGGUGGCCUGCAGAGCGAGCAUCAAGCUCUACGUUUACACACCGGGCUUUCGGAGCUUCUCGUCCCACUGACCAGGACCGAAAUCUUCAACAAAACGCUUGAAAUACAACAGAAUCUACUUGCGUCGUAUGAAGUCAACAGUCAGGUCGCUGCGAUUGAAGAUCUGCUCGCACAAGGUGCAGACAUGCAGACAGUAUUGAGGCUACUCUGUCUUGCGAGCCUCACAGCAGGCGGCGUAAAAUCCAAGGCACUGGAGAACCUCAAGCGCGAAAUACUCCAGGCCUACGGGUACAACUUCCUUCCCCUUCUCCUGUCUCUCUCGUCAUCGCCAUUAAACCUCCUCAUACCAAACCCGUUAGCUGCCAACAGCCCACUGAACUCAUCGAAGUACCCGUUCGCAGGCUUGCGAAAAUCGCUUCGGCUGUUGAUCGACGACACACCAGAAGCAUUGGACGAGGUCGAAAAUGAUAUCAGUUUCGUCUAUUCUGGUUAUGCACCCAUCAGUGUGCGACUUGUUCAAUGUGUGGCACAGAAGGGUGGCGUGUUAAGCAACCCAGCGGAGAAGGAGAAGAGCGAAGGCAGCAAGGGACAAACGCCCGUCAAAGUCCAGGCGCAUCCCAUUGCUGGAUGGCGUGGGUUUGAAGAUAUAUUGGCGACUAUUCCAGGCGAAACAGUCGAUAUCGUACAAGGCGGCAAGGGUGGGCCAAACUCAGUGACCGCAUCAAUGACAUCUCUCUUGCGUCCACUACAAAAACCAACGACGACAGUCGUGUUUUUCCUUGGCGGAUGCACUUAUACCGAGAUUGCGGCAUUGCGGUGGGUGGGAAGGCAGAACCGGGGACGACGAUUCUUGGUCGCGACUACUGGGAUUGUCAAUGGAAACAACUUGUUUGAGAGCAUAGCGGGCUCUCCCAGGAGUAGUAGCUCUAAGGACGCGUCUAUUUGA